AUGGAGAGCUGUGAGCCUACCAGACAGAAACAUGUGAGCCCAUUUCCCAUCUUAGCCAAAGGCUACGCAGUCCCACAUGCCCAAAAAAGAAAAACCCAAGACAAACUCCUGGGUCGUCUAUCGCGCACUACCCGUCUUGUAAUGGGGCAAGAUCGUGAUUUGAAUCAGUGGUCUGCUGCACGAUGA